UUGGAGGUUAUGGAGUCGGUGAACAGCGGUAAGGUUGUGAUUGUGAUUGUGAUUGCAGUUGAUAUUAAUAUUGCAGUCUCACGUAGCCAUCGUACUAGCCGAUCUAUUCAGAAAUCGAAAUGUCUCUAUACAAAAUAUUUUUAAAAAAAAAUUUUAUACUUAAUAUUGUUUACACAUUUUUUUGAAGAUAGUAAAGAGUAUAAUAAUGAGUAUGUCAGUUAAACUAUGCAUCUGCUGACAUGAUAUUCAAGUAGUGCAAUAACGUGUUUUAAAGGGAUUGCAUUUUCAAUGUAGCAAUCUGCAUUGCACUGUUACUAUUGUUUCACGUAUCAAUGUCUAGCUUGGUGAGCAAGUGUAAGCGACAUCUUCAGCAAAGCGAUGAAGUUAAGUCCUCAUAGUUGUACACAUAAGCCCUGAUCGUUAUGCGCUUGUUUACGAAGAUGUCGCAUUUUGGAUGGAGGGCUACACGUCCUGUCUAAAUGACCGCUUCAGUGGAUUUUGACAUAACAAGGGCCUCUGUGAACGUGACCUGGUUAUGACGCGAUAAGAGCCACAGUUAGUUGCUUUUAUUUAACAGAAACAGUUAUUUUUUUUCUUCAUGAAGUUGGUGUUUCCUAAGGCGCCCAAAACUAUAAUAUAGAAGAGACGUCGUAAUUCUAACAAAUUCUAAAUGAUCCCUAAUUAAGUCAUUAUUUCCGCUAAAGGAGUUCAUUGGUGGAUGAUUUCUACGUUAGAGAAAUACUUUAGAUGUCCUGUGUUUAUAGUUGUUGCAAUUGUAAAAUGUUGUCUUGGUGAAGAUAUCUAUUUAUUUAUGUGCUGAAAAUGAAUAUGUACAUGGUCAUCAACAGACAUUUGCAUUUAUUUGGAUCAAUCGUCAUUUUAAUUGUUUCAUUAAAAAACAAAAUAAAUAAUUGUGUGAAAAAUAAUUGUGAGUUUUUGGCGUCCCUUCAAAGAGGAACUAGAGAACCUCUAAUUGUACAUCCGAUGGGUCGGUAAGUGAACAGAUAUUUAUCUUGUGUUUAUACGCUCUACUGUCGCCAGCUGGUGAUGCGGUGUCAGAAGGAGGCUUGUUGCCAGGUACGCCAGACCUGGCAGAUAAACAAUGAGGGUUUUUUUUUCAUGCAUCUAAAAAUAUAUAUGCUUCGUCUAUGUUGCUGUUGUUGGUUUUUUUUCAAACAGAUACACAUUUGUGAGGUAUAAAAUAUCAAAUGGCAUGUAAUAAAUGCAUGUUUUUACAAUUCAUAGAUGUGAAAGAAAAGUUUUAACUUUUAAAAAAUGAAUGCAAUAAAUUCAUGAUCUUAACAUUCAUUCAUAAAUGCAUGAGAAAGAUGUAUCCUUUUUAAUGGCAAGACGAUUAAGACCAGACUUCAUGUUUAAUUUUUUUUUACAUUCUUGUAUAAGGAACAAUGCAGUCAUUUUUUGCGGUCGCCCUGGUGACGUCACUGUCAGCUGUCGUUCGCGGGGCGGUGCUCGGGGGCGACACGUACUUGUAUGAGAAUGGUAAGUACUUGUAUGAGAAUUGUGAGUACUUGUGUGAGAAUGGUGAGUACUUGUGUGAGAAUGGUGAGUACUUGUGUUAGAAUGGUGAGUACUUGUGUGAGAAUGUUGAGUACUUGUUUGAGAAUGGUGAGUACUUGUGUGAGAAUGGUGAGUACUUGUAUGAGAAUGGUAAGUACUUGUAUGAGAAUGGUGAGUAUUUGAAUGAGAAUGGUGAGUAUUUGUGUGAGAAUGGUGAGUAUUUGUGUGAGAAAGGUGAGUACUUGUAUAAGAAUGGUGAGUACUUGAAUGAGAAUGGUGAGUACUUGAAUGAGAAUGGUGAGUACUUGUAUGAGAGUGGUAAGUACUUGUAUGAGAAUGGUAAGUACUUGUGUGAGAAUGGUGAGUACUUGUGUGAGAAUGGUGAGUACUUGUGUGAGAAUGGUGAGUACUUGUGUGAGAAUGGUGAGUAUUUGAAUGAGAAUGGUGAGUACUUGUGUGAGAAUGGUGAGUACAUGUGUGAGAAUGGUGAGUACUUGUAUAAGAAUGGUGAGUACUUGAAUGAGAAUGGUGAGUAUUUGUGUGAGAAUGGUGAGUACUUGUGUGAGAAUGGUGAGUACUUGUGUGAGAAUUGUGAGUACUUGUGUGAGAAUGGUGAGUACUUGUGUGAGAAUGGUGAGUACUUGUGUGAGAAUGGAGAGUACUUGUGUGAGAAUGGUGAGUACUUGUGUGAGAAUGGUGAGUACUUGUGUGAGAAUGGUGAGUACUUGUGUGAGAAUGGUGAGUACUUGUAUGAGAAUGGUGAGUACUUGUAUGAGAAUGGUGAGUACUUGUGUGAGAAUGCUAAGUACUUGUAUGGGAAUGGUGAGUACUUGUAUGAGAAUGGUGUGUACGUGUGUGAGGAUGGUAAGUACUUCUAUAAGAAUGGUAUGUACUUGUAUGAGAAUUGUAAGAACGACACUUAUGGAAUACAUAUCCUAUUUUUUUAUAUUCGUUAAAAACAAAACGAUGACACACGGGUGGCAGACAUUUUUAUGACAUUGACGGGGACCAAUCGUUGAGUAUCAAAUCUUGUUUUGGGUCAAUUUGAGGGCAAGCACAAGUAGAACAGUUAAAUACGUAUCAAAUUUUAUCUCUCUCUCUCUACAUUUCCUUCUUGUUUUUAAUAUUUAAAAAAAAAAAAGAAAAUUGACAAGAUCUUUCGAAAUUGGGAAUACGUUUUCCUUCGUGGUUAUAGCAGAGAUGGAGGCUACGCGUCAAUUGUUACGUUUUUGGAUCUGAUUUAUAAUGUCAAAAUAGUGUGUUUAUUAUGUUUGUUUGUUUGUUGUUUUUUUUUUGGGGGGGAGGGGUAGUAAGACGUCAAUAUAUAUAUAUAAAAUGGGUGUGCGCUUUACAAAAAUAGUGGUCCUCAAAGAAAUGAACUUAGAGUAAGACUGUGCGAGCUUCCAUUGGGGAUUUUAUUAACAUAAUUAGCAAAAAGCUUGUUUCAGACGCCUCGAUUUAAACAAUGAGCGUGUCUUAUUUCAGCUGCGUCCUACUGGCACGACGGGGCGCACGAUGAGCUGAGGGAGGCACUAAAGGAGCGCCCAGGGGGCGUAGCUAAGAACGUCAUCCUGUUUUUAGGGGAUGGAAUGGGACCAGCGUCAGUGACAGCGGCCCGCAUUUUGGCUGGACAGAAACUGGGCAAAACGGGGGAAGAGUUUGAUUUGAGUUUUGACAAGUUUCCAUACACCGGCUUGGUCAAG